AUGACACGAAGUUCGGCAGAAAGUGUCCCCCAGAGCCCAAUUCUAUUUGUUUCCUACAAUGAAAGCGGUGAGAACUCCCGUGCUGAUGACCUCUUCCCACACCGGGACCGUCGCGUGCUCAUUCUCUACGUUGGCGGUACCAUCGGCAUGAAGCGGACGCCGUCUGGCGCGCUGAAGCCGCGCAAGGGGUACCUGACGCAGGUGGUGCGGGCAAUGGGGGAGCUGCAGCAGCGCCCCGAGAUCGCGCCCUUUGACGUCGUGGAGUACGACGAGCUACUGGACAGCAGCGAUAUGGACGGGCGCGACUACUUGCGCAUUGCCCACGAUGUGGCGCACCACUACGACGACUACGAUGGUUUUUUGGUUCUGCAUGGAACGGACACGAUGCACUACACUGCCAGCGCGCUGAGCUUCCUCCUGAUGAACCUCGCAAAGCCCGUCGUGUUGACGGGGUCGAUGGUGCCGCUGGUGGAGCCGUACAGUGACGCGCGGCGCAAUCUCGUGAUCAGCCUUAUGUUGGCGUCCAACCCAGCCAUUCGGGAAGUGUGCGUCUUCUUCAACGACAGCCUGCUGCGUGGGAACUGCUGCUGCAAGAUGCACCACACAUUUGGUGCUUUUUGUAGCCCCAAUUACCCCGCGCUCGGCGUGGUGGAGCCGACAGGCUUUGAGCUGCGCGAGCACCUGCUGAUCUCCCAGCCCGGUGGCCCGCUGAAGGUUCAGUCCAACAUGAGCGGCCGCGUCAUGGUUUUCACGCUCUAUGCCGACUAUGAUAUGAAGGUGCUGACGCAGCUUCUGCUGGAAAGCUCGCAGGACGCGAUCCACGCGAAGGAUUCGCUCUCCGCGGCGGGGAAGAGCAGCAAAAGUGAGAGCGCACCUGACGCGAGUGCGGUGCCGCCGCCGCGUGGUCGUCCGCUGAUGGACGCAGUGGUUCUGGAAAUAACCGGCGUUUCUGAGCUCAAGGGUGAUUACUCAGCGUCGCUGCGAGAGUUGGCGCGUGUGGCGGAGGAACGCGACAUUGUGGCGUGCGUGACGGUGCGGGAGCCGUUCGGCAGCCUCUCCGCCGAGGAACAGCGGCGACUGCGCCUCGUCUCGCCGUAUCUCAUCUACUUGCGGAUGACGACGGCGACGGUGGAGGUGAAGCUGAUGUAUCUCUUCGGGAAAGGCCUCUCGCCGGCUGCUGUGCGCAAUAUAAUGCCGCGCAACCUCCGCGGCGAGAUAACGCCCGGUACGUCCUUCGUGGCGAACCUGUGA